CCAAAACAGGAGUUUCCUGAAUUGAUUAAAUGUUAGGUCUCCUUUUAAUGUCACAUUCAAAUCAUGUAGUAUAACAGCCCAGUCUGGGUAUGCGUCUUCAGCUAGACCGCCUUUGGCCACCAGAGGGAGGCACAGGACAGCUCUGAAAUAAUCAGGACCAACGAGCCACACCUGUUCACUUGGCUACUUAAGAGCAGCAUACAGGCUCUCAUGUGCUUAGACUUUGUUUCAGAGUCCUGGUAAAAGACUUGAGUGAGGAAGCAUACAGGAGAGCAGUUUGGGAGCAGAAUGUUUUUAAAGUGAUGAAGCACAAUGAAGAAGCUGCAGCAGGACAACACACCUUUACCAUUGGGAUCAAUCACCUUUCAGACAUGACAACAGAAGAAGUCAGUGCUAAACUGAAUGGUCUGAGGGUGGAGAAUUUUUCUCCUCAGGAUGCUAAUGAGAAUUUCACCUUUCUGAGUGAUUUCUCCCUCCCUCCCAGUGUGAACUGGACUGAUGAUGGAUUUGUCAGCCCUGUGCGGAACCAGGGUGACUGCAACGCAUGCUGGGCGUUCAGUGCUGUUGGAGCUUUAGAAGCUCAAAUGAUGAAAAAGAAGAGUCCGCUUGUUCCUCUGAGUGUUCAGAACCUGAUAGACUGCAGUAGUACGGAGGGAAACCAUGGCUGCCAUGGAGGGCUCAUGACUAAUGCCUUUAAUUACAUUAUAAACAAUAAUGGAAUCAGCACUGAUGCUGACUACCCUUAUGAAGGAAAGGACUGCCGAUAUUGCCGUGCUAAUCAUAAAUAUGGACACUGUUCUGGUUUCCGGGUUCUUCAACAUAAUAAUGAGUUUGAGCUGCAGAAGGUAGUGGCUAAGAUUGGACCGGUUGCAGUGGGAAUUAAUGCGGAUGAGGUCACAUUUCACCAUUACAGUAAAGGUAUUUAUAAUUUCACUUGCCAUAAUAACACAUUGAAUCACGCUGUUCUGGUGGUCGGAUAUGGAAAAGAAGAAGGGCAGCAGUACUGGCUCGUCAAAAACAGUUGGGGUGCUGAUUGGGGAGAGGGGGGCUACAUACGAAUGCUGCGAAACAAGAAUCAGUGUGGAAUUGGCAGCUAUAGUGUUGUCCCCAUUGUCUGAACUCAUUUCUCACAUAUCACAUUAAAUUUUUUUUUUUUUUUUAACUUUUCUUGCUAUUAUAGACUAAUUCAAAAUAUUUUUUUUUAUUUGUAUGUUAGCUUCUGGUGGUCAUGAUGAAAAAGCAUUUCUGUUUUUGGAAUGAACGAAAUCCAGAGUUGAUUAUAUUGUAUACCAUGUAAUCCAUUCCCCAAAUCAUUGAAAAUAAAUUUUUUAAUGUUGCUGUAUCCUGA